GGGGGCCAGAGAAUGGAGAAGAUUUUGAGUGCGUAGAGGAGAUGAAUAAAAGAGGUUCGUUCUGUACUUCAGUCGAGCGUACAGCACAUAUAAAACAUAAUUCUGAACUUUGGGGGUUUGUGGCGCCGUGACUCCUCAGAGAGCUGGAUCUGCUCGGGAAAUGAGGGCCUGAAGUUACCGUGUAUGCUUUGGAGAAUCACGACACCAAGUCAACUGCGGCAUAGCAAGAGAGGGAAAGAAAUGAACGGGAGAGGUGAUCGGGAGGGUGACAAAGGUCUCAUAUGGAAGCUUCCGCCGGUGAAGUCGAAGCAGCUCGGGAAGUUGGGUCCUGCCUUCGGCUUUGGUGCCGGCUGUGGGGUCGGAUUCGGCCUUGGCCUUAUGGGCGGUGCGGGCAUUGGUCCUGGAGUUCCAGGGUUGCAGCUUGGAUUUGGAGUGGGAGUAGGAUGUGGGGUUGGCCUAGGAUUCGGUUAUGGCAUUGGAAGGGGCAUUGCUCACGGUGAGAGCCGGAGGUACUCCAAUGUCGGAAAUCUCUUCCACAGUCCUGCAGAUUUUCCUACUCAAAGAGGGGGAGGAAUGUCACGUGGGGUUGUACUUUGGAUCCUCAUGUGCGACCGGGCUCUGCAGAUACGACUCUGUUGCCCAAGUUUUUUUAUGUUAGAUCAACAAAACUAUUGUUUACUUUUGGCAUUGUAUUUCCAUCUGGUGUUGCCAGGGACGAUAUUGGCGCACUUGUUGAUGACCUCAUCAGGAAUACGAGGAAGCUUAUCGAGGCUACUUCGAGAGAAAUUGACAAGUGGGGUAGAUGAAAUGCUUGUAAAGUUGUAUAGGAGGGAAAGAUUCAUCGCUGCAUCUUCAGAGAUGGAGUCUGCAUAGUCAAGAUGUAUGACAGGCAUAAGACCUGAUCCGAUAGGUGUUGGUGUGUAUUUGUGGGUUAAACUCAAAAUUAUAUCCCUGCAGCUCUCCUAUGCGAAGGAAAAUGUACCUCUAUGUUAUCGGAUCAGCUAGAUGAACAUACUAUGCUGCACUAUGCACUUGAUCCAAGAGCUGUGCCUUUGUCUAUGUUGUAUUGUAUGUUCACCUGUGUCCUUGGAUCAGAACCAAA